AUGGUCAGCGUGACCAAGUCGCGGUCGAGCUCGAUGCGGACGUUUGACUGGACCAGAAGCACUCAAACCAGUGACUUUCAGAAACGCACGAAAGAUGUAGAUUGGAAUCAGUCCCCGCUCGGCGCAAUCGCAGAAUGGCCUGCCAGCCUACGACAAUUCGUCCUUCUCUCCACGGCCGAUCCAUCUCCUUCAGCGGUUGUAUACGGACCGCUCGACAAUGCCGCGAUUGUGUAUAACGAAGCGUUCGCGAAGCUCUUCGGCAGCAAAAAGACCAAUCUACAAGGACGACCGUGUCGUAACGAGCUUCUCGACCUUUGCACCGAGUUCGACAAUGUCUGGGAGAGACAAGUGAGCAAUGGCUGUGCCGAGAUCGUGAAGAAUCAAAGAGUGAGGUCAGAUCGAUUGGGUUUCAUGGAAGAGAGGCUAUACACGUGGAAGUUCGUUCCUAUCAUUGGCGAGGAUGGCCAGGUCGCUGGCAGUCUUGUCACUGUGGACGAGGAGAACAAGCUUCCACCUCGAAGGGAGAGGAGCAAGUCAGCGGUUCGAGAAAUCGGAAAUGCUGUAAGAUCGGCCAUUGAUAGGACAGCCAACCAGACUGCUGUGAACAUUCGACGACUGGACGAACACUUCUCGGGACGGACAUGUAAUUGCGAGAAACUGUGGCAGGCAACUCAGCACAUGGAAUACAAGGAGCAAAGAUAUGAGAAGUUUGCAGAUCAAGCUCCUGUCGGCAUAGUCACUCUCGACAAGUCAUACGAAGUGGAGUGGGCCAACAAGUCUUUCUACGAUGUUAUGGCCCAGCCGCCAGAGUCGAAGUCAUUGCUCAGCUACAUUCAUCCCGACGACGUUGCCAAAGUCCGAAGCUAUUUCGAUCUUGGAUGCUACGAAACAUCGUUCACAUUCGAAUGUCGACUGAAGAAGUGGGCGCCGGUGAUGAGCCCUUCAUCGGGAGACAAAGCCCCUGAUCUUUCGCCAUCGUGGAUCUUGGUAUCAGCCUAUCGAGAAGCUGAAUUCGAACAAUACACUAUGGCCUGGAUAAUAGACAUCACAUCGCACAAGCACGCAGAAGAGGUUUUGCGAAAACGUAUGGAUGAAGCGAUUGAAGAAAAACUUACCAAGGAGCGCUUCAUUGAUAUGACGAGCCAUGAGGUUCGAAACCCGCUCAGUGCGAUCGUCCACUGCACUGACGAUAUAAUUAACGAUAUCCGCAACAAUCCCAGUGCAUCGGCUGACAGCGUUGUGGAGGCCGCGGAAACGAUAGCGUACUGCACUCAGCACAUUCGGAACAUCGUAGGAGAUGUGCUCACCCUGAGCAAGCUGGAUUCGCGGCUGGUUGAGAUUUCUCCCGUGCCCUCAAGGCCUGGCGAUGUUGUGCAGGAAGCUCUCAAGAUCUUUCACGGUGAACUUCGAGCAGGAGCGAUCGAAUUGGACUUCCAAAGGGACGAUUCUCUGAAAGAACUCAACACUGAGUGGCUACUGUUCGAUCCCAAUCGCAUGCUGCAAGUUUUGAUCAAUCUAGUCACCAACGCGAUCAAAGUUGUGAGAGGGCGUGAGAAGCGCAAGAUCACAGUUCGAGUGGGCGCAAACACCACUGCUCCGUGUGGAACUAGUGGCGGUGUCCAAUGCGUUCUUCCACGGCAAGACCCCAAGCCAGUCGAAUUCGGCGAAGCGUUCAACCACGAGCAAGCAAUAUAUCUGGUCAUCCAGGUCGAAGACACCGGCCCUGGGCUUGACUCGGAAGAAAUGGAGUGCCUUUUCCAACGUUUCACGCAGGCGAAUCCCAAGACCGAGAGCAAGUACGGUGGAAGUGGUCUGGGCCUUUUCAUUUCGCGUGACUUGACCGAACUACAAGGUGGCCGUAUUGGCGUGGCUUCGACACCUGGCGAAGGCUCGACCUUUGUUUUCUCCGUAGAGGCGAGACGGACCACGGCGCCGAAGAUACCACAGAGAGUUCCGUCGCUAGAAAUUCCGACAAGACUUCGUGGGUCUAGCACCGUGGACUCGCCAGUCAUCGCUGCACCUCCGUUAAGACCGUCUCUUGUUCCCUGUCAGCAAGUUCCACGAUCUGCCGACAAUCGAGACCAGUCUGCCCAGAAGGACGCAUCGCCAAAAAGCGCAAAAAGAAUCUUAGUCGUUGAAGACAACCUCAUCAAUCAAAAAGUCCUCGCGAAUCAACUACGCAAACGCGGAUACGACGUGAACGUGGCCCUGCACGGGGGCGAGGCUCUUGAGCGUCUGAGCAUGACACCCACCACACCCGAGGAGAAUCCAAUGGAGCAAGCGCCCUUCGACUGCGUUUUGAUGGAUAUUGAAAUGCCUGUCAUGAAUGGCCUUGAUUGCGUCAAGAAGAUCCGAGAGUUCGAGUUGAAGUGCUCCAUGCGAGCUCUGCCCGUCAUCGCUGUCACGGCCAACGCUCGUGAUGAGCAUGGUGCCGCCGCGUUGGCAGCUGGGAUGCAAGCAAUCACGACAAAACCAUACAAGAUCGACGACUUGGUGGCACAGAUGGAUCGAGUGUGUCUAGCAGCAGGAUGA